GUUUCAAUGUCUGCCCAGCAGCGCGACUCUCCCGCGCUCGCCAAGAUGCGCCAACUGGCCGCGUCCCAGCAACGGGGCGGCAACAGCCCAAGCAUCGAUAGCAGCAACAACAGCAGUAGCAGUAGCAGUAGCAGUAGUAGCAGCAGUAGUGGUAGCAAUGGCAGUACCAACACUGUGAGCUACAUCGACCGCAGCUGGGACGGGGAGUUCCAAAACGACGCAGACAACGUGACGUCGAGGGCAACGCCGCCGCCGCCCUUCGCUGCAUCACGACCACUGGACAUUGCAGGUGCUGGCACUCGCGAUGGUAGUAUCGGCGGAGGAGGAGGAGGAGGAGGAGGAGGAGGAGGUCGAAAUGCGCACCGUCCGAGCCCAAUGGACUUUGUGCACUCGCCCUUCGGCAGUGGCAAUGGCAUCGUCGCGCUGACCAGCCCGGGCGCCAGUCCCGACAUGCGCGGUCUGCUGCACGGGUCGAUCAACAGCGAUGCGUCAGACACGAGCCUGGCAACGGGAAUGCUCCACAUUGCCUUUGCAGACCGCGUUCAGCAGUCGAUGCAGCAAUCCUCAAUUCCACAGUCGCCAAGUUUAUCCAUCAUGUCCAGUCCUCCGAUUGAUUUCACGACGACUGCUAGUAAUACUAAUACUAAUUCUACUAAUGCUGCAAGCACGGCGCGGCUGGCAAGCGUGUUCCAGUCGGACGAGAUCGAGGCUGACAUCCAGGCUGCACGAGCCAAAGUUCAAGCGAUUCAGCUAACCGCGAAUAGUGGCACGGACAACCCCAACAACCACCAGAUGCGCCUGUUGGCAAAAUCGCCAACACUCCCGGCAUCUCCGUUCGAUGCAAUGACGACGCCCGAGUUCCUUCAACGCAAGACCAGUCCCUCUACAACGCUUUUGGCAACCUCACCGCCCUCAACAGCAACAGCGGCGUUUUCGCCGUCCCCAACACUAGGGUGGACAGUCCUUCCACAGGGUGUUCCAAGUGCAUCCAUUGCCACGACCGGUUCCGCGCUUGCCGUGCAAGGCGGCGUGACCUCGACUCCAGUGCCCAUUUCAGCACGCGCUGGGCUGAUGCAGCUCCAACAGCACGAAGAAAGCUCAAGCUCGUCCAGCUCAACGCUGCCUGCAUCCGUACCGGCGUCGUCAGCGUUCUUUACACCAGUAUCUUCGAUAGCAUCGCCGCAAGACUCGCUUUCAUCGUCCCUGCCGACCUCCUUUAAUUGGCGACAACGCGAACGUUCGCUCACGCGAGAGCAGCUUGAAGAAACAUCCGAGCAGCUCGCCUCCACCGGAGGGCUCGUGGUUGACGAAGAUGGGCGACACGCAGGCUAUCUUCUCAAACGCGGCUACAAUAACAAGUCUUCCUGGAAACUUCGCUGGUUUGUUAUGGCGGGAGAUGCGCGCCUUGCAUACUAUAAGAAAUUGGGCGACAAAAAGCCGCUGGGCCACGUUACAUUAGCAGACUCUAUCAUUCAGGCAGGUCAGAUCAAGGGGAAAGACCACUGCUUUGAGAUUGUGACUGCACCUCGCGUGUGGCAACUAGUUGCAAAGUCGAGUCAGGAUAUGCAUGACUGGAUCAAUAUUCUCCGCGAAGAAACGGGUCGAGCAAUUGCUGACGAGAAUGAUUUGAUCGGGCAGGCGGAGAGUUUAAUUGCAACCGCGUCGACGCUGCGAUGAUUAUUUACUGAUGUUAGUCUUGGGUUUAUUGUCAAGUAGAAAUACAAAUAAUAACAGUACAA